CCAAUAGCUUCCUAUGGCUAUAAAUAAUUCAAUCCCCAAAACUAACAUCUUCACAAUCUCAAUCUUCAAUAUUAUCCCUAAUAACUAAAUCAACUCUCCGGCGAAAAUGGUAACCGUUGAGGAAGUCAGAAAGGCACAGCGGGCCGAGGGCCCCGCCACCGUAUUGGCCAUCGGAACCGCCACCCCACCCAACUGUGUGGAUCAGAGUGCUUACCCAGAUUACUAUUUCCGUAUCACUAACAGCGAACAUAAGACUGAAUUGAAGGAGAAGUUCAAGCGCAUGUGCGAGAAGUCGAUGAUCAAGAAGCGAUACAUGUACUUAACAGAGGAGAUUCUGAAAGAAAACCCUCAUGUAUGUGAAUACAUGGCGCCGUCGUUGGAUGCAAGGCAGGACAUGGUGGUGGUUGAGGUUCCCAAGCUGGGAAAAGAAGCCGCCGUGAAAGCAAUCAAAGAAUGGGGACAACCCAAAUCAAAGAUCACCCAUGUAGUCUUCUGCACCACCAGCGGCGUAGACAUGCCCGGAGCAGACUACCAGCUCACCAAACUCCUCGGUCUUCGUCCUUCCGUUAAACGUCUCAUGAUGUAUCAACAGGGAUGUUUCGCCGGAGGAACGGUCCUCCGUUUAGCCAAGGAUCUAGCCGAGAACAACAAGAACGCCAGAGUUCUCGUCGUCUGUUCAGAGAUCACUGCCGUCACUUUCCGCGGUCCGAACGAUACUCAUCUUGACAGUCUAGUGGGUCAGGCUUUGUUCGGCGACGGAGCUGCGGCGGUCAUAAUCGGAGCAGAUCCAUUACCGGUGGAGAACCCUCUGUUCGAAUUGGUGUCUGCGGCUCAGACGAUUUUACCCGACAGCGAUGGGGCGAUUGAUGGUCAUUUACGUGAAGUGGGUCUGACGUUUCAUUUGCUUAAAGACGUACCCGGGCUUAUAUCGAAGAAUAUUGAGAAAGCCCUGGUGGAGGCGUUUCAACCGUUGGGGAUUUCUGAUUGGAAUUCGAUCUUUUGGAUCGCUCAUCCGGGAGGGCCGGCGAUUCUUGAUCAGGUGGAGGCGAAGUUGGGAUUGAAGGAGGAGAAGCUCAGGGCGACGAGGCAAGUGCUGAGUGAUUAUGGAAAUAUGUCGAGUGCCUGCGUGCUGUUUAUAAUGGAUGAGAUGAGGAGGAAAUCGAAGGAGGAAGGGUUGAAGACCACCGGAGAAGGGAUUGAAUGGGGAGUUCUGUUUGGGUUUGGGCCGGGGCUUACGGUGGAGACGGUGGUUCUCCACAGCAUCGCCGCCGCUGUUUGAGUACCGCCGGCUGAUGUAGCCUGCUGCUGCUGCUAAUGUUUUUGCUUUCUGAUUUUCUUGUGCUAUUUAUUUUGUUAUGUUAAAUCCCCUCCUCUAUUUAUAUUGUUGAAUAAUAAAACUCAUUAUCCUUGUUA